AUGGGACACAUGCAGAGGUUGGGUACGCCUUUCUUCGAGGGGCGAGUUGGUCCAGAGGAGGCAGAUGCGUGGCGUCAGAGAUUGGAGCGGAACUUUCAGUCGAUCCGCUGUCCUAUGGAUUACUGGGUGGAGUUAGCGGCUCGUGAUCGUCUUCAGAUGCGAUUUAUGGACAUUGAGCAGGGUUCGCGUUCUGUGCGCGAGUAUGAUGCGGAGUUCAGCCGCCUGUUAGUGCAUGCUGGCUUCGGCAUGGAGGCUGAGCAUCAGUUGACGAACAGGUUUCUAGAGGGACUUCGCAAGGAUAUCCGGACGCUAUGCAGAGGUGGUAAGCACACUUCGAGGGCGAGUCUAGUGGAGUUGGCAGCGUCGGUUGAGGCGGAUCUGAGUGGGCUAAUUGGUCUGGUGGCUGUGCCGUCUGCUCCUGCUAUCCCACCUCGGAGUCAGCAGCAGCAGCAGCGCAGAGGUGGCGCGAGUUUCAGUUCUGGUUCUGGCAGGGGCAGUUUGCCUGCGCAGGGCCAGAAGAGGAGUCGAGAUUAG